AGCCCGUGGAGGGGCCGGCCCUUCCCGGAGGAAGGAGGAGCCGGGCGGGCACAGGUGUGCGGGAGAGCCUGCCCUGCCCAGCCCGGCUGUGCCCUCGGGAUGCGCUGAGAAGCGGAGCAGGGAGGCGAUGGAGGCGCUGGAGACGAACAGCAGCUGCAGCAACGGGUCUCUGAUCACCCUUUCGUGCCUUUCCCACCGGGUCGUGUGCCAAGUGAUCAGCGAUGCUGACCCAGCUGACUCCGUCCAGGACAACAGGACUUCGGAUAAUUUCUGGAUAACUCAGCUGGAGAGCAAUUAUGGAUUCUACAUUGGCCUGGGCUUGGCUGUCUUCUCCAGCUUCCUCAUUGGAAGCAGUGUCAUCCUCAAGAAGAAGGGGCUGCUACGGCUGGUGGAGAAGGGAGGCACCAGAGCAGGAGAUGGAGGCCAUGGCUACCUAAAGGACUGGCUCUGGUGGGCUGGCUUGAUAACCAUGGGUGGAGGGGAAGCUGCCAACUUUGCUGCCUAUGCCUUUGCUCCUGCAACUAUUGUCACGCCUCUGGGGGCUCUGAGUGUGCUCAUAAGUGCCAUCCUGUCUUCAUAUUUGCUUGGAGAGCGGCUCAACCUGCUGGGAAAGCUGGGCUGCAUGCUGAGCCUGGUGGGCAGCACUGUGAUGGUGAUACACGCUCCAGAGGAUGAGGAGGUCACCACUCUGGAUGAAAUGACUUCCAAGCUGAAGGAGCCAGGUUUCCUCACUUAUGCUGCGAUCCUCUUGGCCCUCUGCUUCCUCCUGAUCUUCUGCCUGGCACCCCGUUAUGGCCAGAGCAACAUCCUCGUCUACCUCACCAUCUGCUCCGUCAUUGGUGCCUUCUCCGUGUCCUCAGUCAAGGGCUUGGGAAUUGCCAUCAAGGGCUUCUUUGCUGGGCAGCCUGUGCUGCAGCACCCAUUGACAUGGAUCCUGGUCAUCACGCUGGUGGCAUCCAUCACCACACAAAUCAACUACCUCAACAAGUCCCUGGACAUCUUCAACACCUCCUUGGUGUUUCCCAUCUACUACGUGCUGUUCACCACCAUCGUCAUCACGACUUCCAUCAUCCUCUUUAAGGAGUGGGUCGCCAUGACCGUCGUCGACAUCAUCGGGACAGUUUGUGGCUUCCUCACCAUCAUUCUGGGGGUGUUUUUACUCCACGCCUUCAAAGACCUGCAUGUCAGUUUAGAGAAUCUACCGCAAGUCCUCCAGAACGAGCAAGAAGUGCCGGUCACCAGAGAUGACAAGAACAUCCUGAUAGAGGUGGACAACUCCAGCAUCGCCCCAGAGGAUAAACCCAAGGCAUUAGCAUGAACUCUAAAAUACACACCAGUAUCUCAAGUGGAGAUGAGAAACAAGGACUGAACAGUGCACUCCUGCAAUUCAAACUCUGCUCAUCCAUAUUUGGUCACUUGCUCUGCAAAUAAUGGGACAAGAAUAUUGGUGAAUAUGGGCAAAACUUGGCAAUUUUUGGAAUAGGCACUCGCUCAGGCUCAGUGGCUGGACCCAAACCAUGAAGUGCUUUUGGACCGUGGCAGGGAAAUCUUUUUCAGCUUUUGUUUUUCUGUGAGAUCCAGGUGUUUCCCUGCAGCACAGUGUUAAUUAUUUUUAUGGGAGUUUUAUUUGUUUGGGGUUUUCUUUUUCCUUAGUAGCUGCGGUGCCCAGGCCAUGUUGAUGGGGAUGGUGAGGUCUCUGGGCCUGAUCCAGACCUCACCCGAACAAGGGGCAGCCUCUUCUCAGGCUGGGGAGCUCUGUCAGGAUAAACUCCAUGUCAGGAAAAACACUGCCACUGUCCCCAAGCCUGCUUGUGAUAAUCUUUUCGGUCUGAAAGACAAAGUGGCUGUAAAUGUUACGUAUUUUUUCCUUAGGAAAUAUCUUGACCUUGGCGAGCCCCCUAUCAUUUAAGCCCCAAAGCUUUUUUGUUGUUGUUUAGAAAGAGGUGUGAGCUGCGUGUUAAAAGCCGAGCAGGCAUAAGAGGGUGAUGCUCUGCAGGGAUGCAGGGAUGCAGUUUAUCCCAGAGCAGUCCCUCUCUCCAUCUCUCCCAAUAUAGCACACCUGGCCUUUUGCUCACAGCUCAUCUUUGAAACACCCUUGGAUCUGUAUCACUGGUCAGGGUGAAGGGAUGGGAGAAAUGACAUUUUGAGCUGGAAGAUGAAAAAGGAAGGUAUUACUGCAGUUAAAAGGUUUUUCCCAUCUCACUGCUGGGUCUUAUGGGGAGACUGGAGUUCAUUUGCUGACAGCAAAUCCCAAACAGGGAGCAGCAAGGCCUGAGCCAGUCCAGAGGCAGCUCUGCCUGGGUUAUCCCUGGCCCACAGCACACACUGAUGCUGCCUGAGAUGCCCACCUGGUUAUACCUGGGUCUGAGCAUCACUGACCAAAUGCAACUUAGGGUUGCAGGAGAGAGGACUAUACAAUCUCUUAUUUUAAUAACAUUUCAGUACUAUUUUUUUGGAAUGUGGAAAGGAAAAUAAAGGUUUUUUCUAAAAAAAAAAAAUAUAUGUAACAGUUGCAGGUGGAUCUAAAAGGUUUUAAUGAUUUCUCUCAUCUUACUGGUGUAACCCUAAAGGAUGAACAGGCUGAGGAACAGCUGAAUGCAGCAGAAAGAGCAUCUGGAGGAGAGUGAAACAGCAGCGACCUCCUUUGGUGGCAGACAAUAAUCCAAGUCACUCACUCUAGCUAUUGUUUUGGCAUCCUAAUCAGUGUAAUGCUUUAUGCAUUUUAUCUUAAAAAAUGACUGUAAAUGGGACUUUCCUCGCUGCCUAGAACUGUAUUUCAUAAAAGCCAUUCCUCCAGCAAUCCUGCCAUCUCUGGAGAAAUGCCACAUAGAAAAUGAAGGUUUGAGCAGAGGUAAUGAAAUAGCACACAGGGGAAAGAGCAUUUAUUAAUGACAAACAACAAAUUUAUUAAAACCAGGCAAAAGGCACAAUGACUUGCAUUCUUCAAGUAUUUGCAUAGAUGCAUAGAGAGCAUUAUUGUAAACCAUUAAUAAACCAUUAAUAUGGUGGACACAGGAGAAAGUGAGAUGUAUUUUAAUAUAUGUUCUGCCAAGUAACAUUAUCUUUCAAAAAAACAGGUUUUACCAUCUUUUACUCCUCCUGGAGUUCCCCUGUUCUCAUUCAACUCGACUUGCACACAUCUGAAAAUUUAUAAGGACUUACUUAAAACUAACUACUUUCUGGGGAUUUUUAUGAUAUUCCAGCAAUAAAGUUUUCCAUUAGAGUUUGGGCAGGUCCAGUAAUCUGAGCAUUGUGUGUCCAGGGGCAUUUUUGAAAACCUUGAUCCCAUGAUCACACGAAAUGCUUAGUGAUAAUAAUUUUAGUGAUUUUGAGUGGCCAUUUGCUGGAGAUCAGGGGUUGGAGCAGAAGUGUGCUGCUGUGUCCUCAGUGAGGGCUCAGAUGAAAGAUCAAGUUCUUGUGAUUGAAUCUACUACUACAGUGUAUGUGCAGUCCUGCUCCACCUGUGAGCACCAAAACAUGCCAUGACAUCCACAGCCACACUGGCUGCACCCCAAGAAACAACAAGUUUGGGGGUUCUUUGAAUAUACAUUUUUAUAUGUAAUAUAUCCCAGCUAUAGAAAAAGACAUAUAAAGAUCAGGAAGCUGUUGUCUUUCAUUUGA